GCCAGCCCUAUGGCGCUAGCGACGGAUCCGUUAACCGUCCGUUGCGGCCCCAGUUCAUAUUAUGGAGGACCCUCCUGCCGACCUACCUACUAUAUGGCCUCCUGCCUUCCUCUCCCGCUUCCGGCCAGCUCCCGUACAUACGACUGGUCCGCUUACGGGUUACUAUAUAGCUUGCGGAGCCCUUUAUUUUGGCUAUACGGACGAUUGCUUUGAGGCCUAUUGCAAGAAGGGCGACGUAAUACUUCCUCUGAUCCGCAAGCCUCCUUUAUACCUCUCUUACCUCUUUACGGGCAAUAACCCGCUCUGUCGGGCCUUCCGGACGAAUAUCCGGGCAUAUAAUUAUGCUUUUGCCUUUACGUCAAUUAGCUAUAAGAAGGAUACCCGGAUCGACUUCUCCUGUAGGAUCUAGUGCUUUCAGAUCCAUGGCGAGCUCUUCUACUUCCAAGGCCCGCUAUAGCCCGCUUUAUACGCCGAACCCUCCUUUAUAUAGCUC